AUGGCGGGAAUGGAGUCUAUCUAUUCUGCCACCUACAGCAGUGUCCCGGUGUACGAGUUCAAAAUCGACGGCGAUAGUGUAAUGCGACGGAGAGGAGAUGACUGGGUCAACGCAACACACAUCUUGAAAGCAGCUGGCUUUGACAAGCCUGCGAGAACCCGAAUUCUCGAACGUGAAGUGCAGAAGGGCUUGCAUGAGAAAGUGCAAGGUGGUUACGGUAAAUACCAGGGAACAUGGAUCCCGCUGCCAGAGGGUCGCAUGCUUGCGGAGCGAAACAACAUCUUUACCAAACUAGCUCCUAUCUUCGAGUAUGUCGCUGGAGAACGCAGUCCUCCACCGGCUCCGAAACACAGCUCAGCAUCUUCGAAGCCUCGAGCCCCUCGAAAAUCUACCAACCGCGCUCCAGCUCCUGCAGAGGUUUUGAAUGUCGUCCAGCCUCAGCGGAGUAUGGGCCCUCCGAGUCUUCCUCAUGAACAAUAUGAGAUGGGCGCUGGAUUCGAUGACACUGAGUCAAUUGAGCAAGCGACUAUUGAAUCAUCCUCCAUGGUUGCAGAUGAAGACAUGGCUCAGAUGUCGCAGCAUACAGGCCGCAAGCGCAAGCGCGGUGUGAAUGAGCCGGCCGUAAUGUCGAUUACGGAGCAGGAGCAUAUCAUUUAUGGUGACCAACUCCUAGACUAUUUCAUGACGGUGGGCGAUGCCUCACAGGCAACACACAUUCAACCUCCAGAACCACCUGCCCACUUCCAAGUUGACCGCGCUAUCGACGACUCGGGUAACACCGCUCUGCACUGGGCUUGCUCGAUGGGUGAUCUGGAGAUCAUUCAGGAUCUCCUUCGCCGAGGGGCCGACAUCAAGGCUCUGUCGGUCCACGAAGAAACCCCGCUUGUGAGAGCUGUUCUGUUCACGAACAACUAUGAGAAGCGAACGUUCCCUGCUGUGUUAGAUUUGCUUCUGGAUACCAUCUCGUUUAGGGACUGGUUCGGUGCGACUUUGUUCCACCACAUUGCGGAGACCACCAGAAGUAAGGGCAAGUGGAAGAGCUCAAGGUAUUACUGUGAGGUUACCCUUGACAAGCUGUGCAAAUCAUGUUCGCAGGACGAGAUCGAUCUACUGUUGUCUUGUCAGGACGACAAUGGUGACACCGCUGCCUUGGUAGCUGCACGCAACGGCGCUUUUCGUCUAGUGAACAUGCUCCUCACCCACUGUCCCCGUGCCGGCGACCUCAUGAACAAGAAGGGAGAGACAGCCAGCAGCAUUAUCCAACGCUUCACCCAACGCUCACAACACGCAGAGCAUGAUAUCCCACCAGCCCCGUCCUCCGUCACUAUGGCCAACGAUCAGGCCGACGCCCUCGGGCGCGAUCUGAUGCCUUCAGACCAUCAAUCUCUUGCUCCACCUGUCGACUCCACCGUCACUUCGGAGCUUCUCUCCAAGAUCGGAACCAUCAUGUCUGAAGCCAAUAAGAAACUUGCGGUGACUUACGGCAAUUCCAAGCUCAACCAGCAAGACUCCAACGACGUGGCGAACCCGGAAGCUCUCUACGAACAAUUGGAGUCAGACCGGCAGAAAAUCCAAAAACAAGUGGCUGCCUUCAACGUCAAGGAGUCCGAGCUCGAGCGCAGCGAGAAUCAGUUCAGCCGCUACGAGAAGGUACGGACCAACUACGAAUCUCUCCUCGAGAAACUACAACAUGCUCGCCUUUCAUCUCAGUUGAAUAACGGUGUCUCCUUCGAGGCUUCGAAACCUGAGCCAUCGUCUCUCAUCCAGGAGGAGCUAAUGGAACGCUUCAACUUGGCACGCGCUCUGGUCACCGCGCAGAACACGCGUCGCGGCGUGGUUAAGGAUCUCGCACAGCAAACUGCCGAUGCUGGUGUGAGUACCAAGUUCGAUGUUCACCGAAAGCUUGUGGCACUGGCAACUGGUCUCAAGGAAGAGGAGCUUGACCCCAUGGCAGCUGAGCUGGCGGAGACAUUGGAGUUUGAUCGCAUGAACGGCAAAGGCCCAUCUCCCGAGCUGGAGAGUAAACAACUGCCGCCUCAGAACGGCGCGGUCACCAUUCCCCCUCGGGUUGGUGCUCCAGUCAUGGAUGCCUAA